AUGAGCUUUCUCGCGGGUCGCCUAGCCGCCCAGGAGGGCGCGUACUUCCUCCAGGAGUCCAAGAACGCCGCCGGCCGCCUCGCGCAGAAGCUCCCCGCGUCCGCGCUUGGGCCGCGGCCGACGUCCCCGCCGCCGUCGUCGUCGUCGCCCGACGUGCUCCCUGAGAUCCUCCGCCACUCCGUUCCCAUCAGCCCGACGCCGCCUCCGUCCGACCCCUCCCUCUACGGGUCCACCCGCUGGGCUCUCCCACCGGGCGCCGCCAAGGCUGCCGGCGUGUCCCCCGACGUGCUCAACCCGCUCCGCUCCUACGUCUCGCUGCCGCAGGCCACCUUCGGCCCCAAAAGAUGGGAACUUCCAGAUGAACAGCCUUACUACUUGUCAUCUACUGCCAAUCAGCGGCGGCGUGAUAUGCAUCCUGCUCCCAUGGACCCUGAGAAGUUGAAGGCUGUAAUGGCUGGAUACGCACAUCUUGGAACAGCGUUUGUUGCUGCGACUAUAUUGGUGUUUGGAGGAGGAACAGCUGUGCUGCUGUACACGGCAAAUAAACUGCAGUUGCACUCGGUAGACGACAUCAAAGCUAGAGGAAAAGAUGCGGUGCAACCUCACGCUCAUGUGAUCAAAGAACAAGUAGCUCCACUAAGGAAAUGGGCCGAAGAAACAUCUCAAAAAUGGCAUUUUGAAGGCGGCAAAGUGGCCAGGGAGAGGUCUGUUCUUGUUAGAGAGCUUUCAAGAGCACUCGGUGCUAACUCACGACAGAAUUGAUCGGUACUGAAGGCUGUUGUUGUUGUUGUUGUUCUAUGUCAAGCUCCUCGCUUGUUUUACGCUUUUACCUUGUCUAUAUGUUUAAGCCUAAAAUGAAUUAAAUCAAAGCAAGACAGAUCUAUCUGUCAGCGUUGUAUGAGGCCGGUAGCAGUAGGUGAAGAAGUCUGGAUAUGUAUUUUUUUUCUUCAGGAAAAUGGACAAGAACGUUGCAGAAUCACUCUGGCUGUGGAAUAUUGUGGACAAGAGAUCAUGGAAUUACAA